UCUCUCGCUCUCGUGCGUGGGGUUAGUCUGAAAAUCCAGAAGCAGCCAUGACUACAGUACCAUCAAAGCUCUACGCAGACGAUGUGAGUCUUCUUAUGGUCUUAAUCGACACCAACCCCUUCUUCUGGAGCACAGUCAAGAACACAUUCACAUUCUCAAACUUCCUAUCUCACGUGCUAUCGUUUUUGAAUUCGAUUCUUCUACUCAAUCAGCUCAACCAGGUUGUAGUUAUAGCUACUGGCUACAAUUCCUGUGAUUAUAUAUAUGAUUCUUCAUUGGCGGCGCCAAACCAGAGGGCGGAGAGUUUGUUGGGGAAGUUGGAGGAGUUUGUGACUAGGGAUGAGGAGUUGACCCAGCAGAACUCAGUUGAGGGUGUUGGGUCUUCUUUGCUAUCUGGGUCUCUUUCCAUGGCUCUUUGUUAUAUCCAGAAAGUAUUUCGUUCUGGGCCGCUUCAUCCGCAGCCUCGAGUGAGUAUUUAUUUGUUUUUCUAUAAAAUUAUAUGCUUCUGUGCAAUGAGAACUGGGUAACUCGCUAAAUUUGGAAAUAUGCAAUGCCGAAGUAGUUUUGUUUAAAGGUCUCAUUGUGUAUUUUUUAUUUUCAUGUAUUGUACUUGCCACUUGGUUAGUUGCCUUAUUGUUUCGAAUGUUUUAGGGACUAGCUUCCGGAAUGAUGGCUUAGUAUUUUCUGUUUAUUUGAAGUCAUAAUUUGGAGGGGUGGGCUGGGUAUAGACAUAAAUUUUGGUACUACUUGCACACAAUAGUUGUCUUUAUAUCCCACCCACAACUUUUCAGCUAUUGGCCUCUGCAUUUAUCAUUGCACUUAGCUGAUGUUAUUUGUACAAAGGAUGUUUUUUGUCUCUUUGGGUUUAAUCUAACUAGUGCUUUAAUCUUUUCAGCAUUGAAUUACCAAUUACCUUCACAUUUUACCUUUGACAUAUGUACAUUGUUAUAUUCAUCAUGGUGUGUUGAGUUUGACGCUAGAACUUAAGAAAGUCCAUCAAAUGCUUGGUAUACGUAGUAGAUAUUUGGUUGAGACCUAAUAAGGGUCAUUUGGAACGUGACAUUGGAUCCAUUGCUCCUUACAAUUUUAGCCUAAGUAGUAUUAACAUUUAGCUCCAUGUGGUCAUAAAUAUCCAUUCUAAUAUUUUUGCUGGGGGUUUGAGCUUCAUUUGUCAAACUAUAUGUUGAUGGUUGAUAAUUUUCACAGGAUUUUCCAUGUGGAUUCAAUUGUUGCAUCGUAGCAAUGCUGCACUUUGUGUCAGAAGGGGAGUUUAAGUAUUUCAAGUAACUAACAUGUCGUCUAAAAACUAUGCUGAUAUAGGGGUGCUGCAUUUAGACUUUUUAAACUUGGAAUUAAUGAAAUUUAGUAUAUGUGUAAGAGGUAAGGAAGGAGAUUGACUGGAAGGUACUCAUCAAAGAAAUUAUGGGAUAUGUUCAAGUUGAAAGCUGUAGAAAUAAUAAUGAUGCACCAAAAGAUGCUAAGGUCCUAAUGUAAAUGUCUCCAUAUUUAGCUCAUCCAAGAUACACACAUGAAACUAAUUACAUGGCUUCCUUCCCUAUUUAUAUUUUGCUUUGAAACUUCGUUUUCAUUGUCCAGGCCAUUUGAUUGGUCUGAAAACCUUUUUAUUAUUAAGAUAGCAGAAAGUUGUGUUUUGAACAUCUAACUCUGUUAAAAAAAUGUUUAAUUCUGUUCUCCAAUUUACAAAAUAGUACAAGUACCUUAUGGUGGAGGAAUCAUAAUAAGAUGCUUAUUUCAUCUACUUCAAUAGCAGCAAAACUUGUUGAAAGAUAAACACAAACCCGGAUAUACUCUUGCCCCAAAUUGUUUCUUGUACCUUAGAGAACGGGGACUUUGUGUGAAGUUUUUUUCAGCUUUUUUUGAAAAGUGACACACUACAAACUUCUGUAAUUGUUAAAUGAAGGUCAAUAGCUGCGUGGAUAUAAAUAUUUUGAAAAAAGAGUAAGCCUAGGGGGUAAAGUUGCUCACUAAUAUCAAUGUAUUAUGGGCUGUCUAUAUAUGUAGGAUUUUUGUAUACCUCGAACUUAGAAAUCAAUGUGACUUUUGUAGGGAAAUUUUGUUAAUUUAACCAUGAACUAAACAUCAGGAAGCGUUGAAACUAUAACUCUCCAAUAUUUUUGCAAAUCUUAAUGUGUAUUUAAUGUCUCAGUUAUAUGUUUCUAUUUUCCAUCAUUUCAGGCAUAAAAAUAUGUGGACUAUUUGCUACUUUAUGCAGUAUAUUGUGUUUGCAUGGAUCACCAGAUGGUCCCGGACAAUAUGUUGCAAUCAUGAACUCAAUUUUCUCAGCUCAGCGUUCAACGGUACUAUGAAACACUGACUCUUAAGCUAUGAGGCACGGAUACGGAUAUGGGAUACGGAUACAGCGAUACGACAAAGUCUAAAAAAGUAGGAUACGGGUACGACCAAGAUACGACUAUAAUAAAAUAUAUUUAAU